GCCACUGAAAAAGAUAUGAAGUCUAGAGCAGUGGAAGUUACAUUGUGCUGAAUAUAAACAAUGGGCGGAUUGGUCUUUAGAUGAGACGUUGGUACCACCUUCCAUUCUAAAAUAAAAUCGCCCUGGCUUGAAGUCACAGCCUAUUUCAUAUCCGGUUUACCCAGUGAUAUGUUACCAUUGUCCUGGUAAAGUAAAGAUUUAUUUGGCUGCAGUCUCGGUAUUUAGAGUAGAUUUUGUAGUUAGAUUGCCAAUUUGUUGGGGACUGAGAAGAGUUUCACUCAACCACACCAUUGAACAGUGCGCGAAACCUGCGCAUACUCAGCAUCGUCAGCUGCCGCUUCUCGAGACUCAAGCUAAAUUUGGUCAGAUCUGAGAUCUUGGAGGAUUGUUCUCAUCGAAUCCGUGUAGAAAAUAUAUCCAUAAAAGUUUGAAAAUACGACAGCCUCGAACAUCUCUGGCAUAUCGCUUGACAAACCACUCUCCAACCAUGGGUGGACGGACAGGAACGGCCAUACUGCUAUGUGUGUGGGCCUGUUUGCUGGUGGCCAACGUGCUUUGUGGGAAAAGCUCUGGACAGAAUGGCCAGACGGACGAGCAGAAAGACAACACUACAGUGUUCACCCGGAUCCUAGACAGUCUUCUAGAUGGCUACGACAAUCGUCUCAGACCAGGGUUGGGAGAGCGUGUAACUGAAGUCAAGACUGACAUUUUCGUGACGAGUAUUGGGCCCGUCUCGGACCAUGACAUGGAAUACACCAUUGAUGUGUUCUUCCGUCAAAGCUGGAAGGACGAGCGGCUAAAAUUUAAAGGGCCAAUGGCGGUUCUCCGUUUGAACAACCUGAUGGCCAGUAAAAUCUGGACCCCUGACACAUUCUUUCACAAUGGCAAGAAGUCUGUGGCACACAACAUGACUAUGCCCAACAAACUCCUACGAAUCACAGAGGAGGGAACUCUGCUCUAUACUAUGAGACUGACCGUAAGGGCAGAGUGUCCCAUGCACCUGGAGGACUUCCCCAUGGAUGCCCAUGCUUGCCCACUGAAGUUCGGCAGCUAUGCUUACACCAGGGCUGAGGUUGUGUACGUGUGGACGAGAGGGGCAGCCCAGUCUGUUGUGGUGGCUGAAGAUGGCUCUCGGCUCAACCAGUAUGAUCUGAUGGGGCAAAGCGUGGACUCUGGGGUUGUCCAGUCCAGCACAGGAGAGUAUGUUGUCAUGACGACACACUUCCACCUGAAGAGGAAGAUUGGUUAUUUUGUCAUCCAGACGUACCUGCCCUGCAUCAUGACGGUGAUCCUGUCCCAGGUGUCCUUCUGGCUCAACAGAGAGUCCGUCCCAGCCAGGACUGUGUUCGGAGUGACAACUGUGCUGACCAUGACCACCCUCAGUAUCAGUGCUAGGAACUCUCUCCCCAAGGUGGCCUAUGCCACAGCCAUGGACUGGUUCAUUGCAGUCUGCUAUGCCUUUGUCUUCUCUGCCCUCAUUGAGUUUGCUACAGUCAACUACUUCACAAAGAGGGGCUACGCCUGGGAUGGAAAAAGUGUGGUGCCAGAGAAGCAAAAGAAGAAGAAGGAGUCCCUCCUGAAGAAGAACAACACCACCGCCUACACUGCCGCCACUGCUACAGCCUUCGCUCCAAACAUUGCCAGAGAUCCUGGUUUGGCCACCAUUGCCAAAAGCGCUCCCCCUCCCCCCACCGAGCCCAAGGAGGAACCAAAGCCCAAGCCACCAGAGGCCAAGAAGACCUUCAACAGCGUCAGCAAGAUCGACAGGAUCGCCAGAAUAGCCUUCCCCUUACUCUUCGGAACCUUUAACCUGGUCUACUGGGCAACUUACUUGAAUAAAAAGCCUAAGUUACAGGGUAUGACCCCAGGAUCCCACUAAUCUCAAUCCCCCUUUCUUUUUCCCCCGAAUGUUUAUUUUCUGAAAACAUGGUUUUCAUGCUGGUUGAAUUCCCAGUCGCCACAUUGCUUUAAUGUCAAAUACCUUCCAAGAUUUAAAAAAAAAAUAGAAAAGAGUAAAGGUCUUAGGAUCAAUGUGGUGACUAUUUCAUGGGAAUUGUUUUUGGGGGGAGGGAUUAUGCUACUAAAGAAAAUAUGCUAUAAAUAAUAUAUGAUAUACACAAGAGAAUGCUAUUCUACAAAUGCACAUAGCCCAACAAUUGUUAAGGAUCUAUUAUUUGUUUUAGUUUUCUGAUAUAUGUUCAGUUGUUGUUUUGCAUUACAUUUUUAACACUGUAAAAGAAAAUGGUGUUUUUGCAUGGACUGGGCAUUUUUCUUUUCAAAGAUCAAUCAACAUUUAUUUCACCGAUGGACCAGUUUGUUUGAUAUCAGUGACAAAAUGCUACCUUCAAUCUUCAUCAAAUAUUCCUCUAUUCUCUGUAGUUGAUGUUUUUGGGGUUUGUUCAUUUCCUUUUGUUGAAAGAAUCAAGAUAGGGGUUCAGCAAUAGCAAUAAAACAUGUCUCAAUGGAAACAACAUCAUUCAUUCAUCGAUUUUAGAAGAAGCUAAAUUAUUUUAUUGUUUCUAUGUGCAACAUUAGGAGUAAUAUGAAUUUAGUUGUUUUGUAAAUAUGAUCAAGUGUUAGAGAUGUCAACAUUAUGUUUAAGCUUUUCAAAGAGUAACUAAUGGUAUACAUAUACAACUCCUGGAAAACAAAUAUUUUCUUUCUUUAACUGUUUAAGAAACAUUGAAAAUAGUUUGUAUGAAGAGAGUAUUUACUGGUUCACUCCAAAGGGACUGUUUCUUACCAAGUCAGUGUUCCACUGAUCGCUGGUCAACGUUGCCAGUGGUUAUCAAGUAUAAGUUAAUAUAUAUUCAACUAAUUCCAUAGCUGUGUGUAUGUGCGUACUGACACCAACAAUGUGUCAGGUCUGGGAUAGUAAUGAGUAAGAAUGUAAAACUGUCGAAGUCUAAAUGUCGGAAUGCAUUUUAUAUUUAGAAUUAAAAAACACUAUUAUUCUUUA